AUGGUCAAGAAAGGUAAUAACUCGAAGGGUCAUACGAAAGCUUCGAAGCAUAGCGUUGUAGGAGGCUCAAAGGGCCAAACGCCAUCGGCAACACCUGACGAUGGCUUCAUCGUCUUCACCAAUUCCGAAAAGAGCCCAAAACCUAAAAAGCCAAAUGUAUCACCAGAAGAUCAUUCAAACUUAUCCACAGAGGCACCCAAGAGGCCCGACGUUAAGAAACUCAUUGGGGGUGCUUCAUGGACAGGAAAAUUACCAGUUAACAUGCUGUCUGAACACUGUCAAAAACAAAAUUGGGAAAAGCCAGAGUAUACCAUUUGUAAGACUCCUGAAGGCUUCUCAGCCAUGGUCAUACUGAAAGCAAAAAACUCCAAAACUAAAGAACUUAUAACACUUCCGCCAUUCAAAUUACCCCCAACACACAAGCACCUUGCUUUUAAGCCUUCGGCCCUCGAGGCGAGACAUUUUGCCGCAACAUACGGUCUUUUUCGUGUUUGCAGCAUGCGAAAUAUCCACAUGAUGAUGCCUCCUGACUAUCGAGAUCUAUGGAAAGGAGAUUUUGAGGCACUUAAGAAGGAAGAUGUUAAAGGGGGGCGUUCAUGGAUGUACGAAGCUGAUCCAUUUGCAGCGUUGAAAGAGAGAGAAGAAGCAAAGGCAUCAGCCGAGAAAACACGCAUUGAAAAAGAGAAGGUUUUCAAAAACUUGAAAAAUAGUGCCCCCGGUUUAAUAGCCUCCCACCAAGGAUCUAGGCAAGGCUUAACAACUCCAUAUCAUUCAAAAAGUUGGACUGAAGUACCUAAGAUAGAAAUGGGUAAAAGAAUGCGGACUAAAGUUGAAGAGUUAGUUCGUAAACAUGCAGUCUGGAAUACAUACGGAGUAAAUUUAUCUGGCCCCCAAAAAAAUAUUAUCGUAAACGAACUCAAGAAUCUAGGAUUUCGACAGAGCCAUGUCGAAGAAGCAGUUGUAGAGUGUAGAGAUCGAGAGGAAACUCUUGAAUGGCUUCUCAUUCAUGUACCAGAAGACGAUUUGCCUGGAUGGUCUUUACCCGAGGGAUACGUUGCUGGCAUCAGUAUGGCUAGUGGUGACUUAAAGAGAGAAGCAGCUAUCAAGCGACUAGCUGAGGCCGCUUACCCACCAGAUCUUUGUACGAAAAUUUACGACAGAACAGGCGAUGAGAGCAAAGCUGCAGAAGACUUGCAACUUAUUUUACUAUCCAGUAGCAGAAUUCUUGACAAAGCCAGCGGUUUAGCUAUCGAAACCCCGCCUGAAUCAUCUAUACUUCAAUGGAACGAGGAGAUGAUCAGUCUAGAAGCUGUGUUUGGCGGAAGAUUUUCUCAACGUGAUACGGAAGUUUGCUGCAUUGUCCUUGAGCCAGCAGAUUACAAUUUCAGCGCACAACCUGUGUUACAGGUGAGAAAAUCACGAUGCUAUCCGGAUAGAGUCCCCGUAAUUUCAAUCCAUGCAACUCUCCCCGCCUACAUUCGAUUAAGCAUAGUGAAACAGGCUCUUAAUUAUGCAACAGAAAAUCUACUAGGAGACCAUAUGUUAUUCUUUCUCAUCGACUGGCUUGAGAAAAACUUUCAAGGUAUCGUGGAAAACCCUGGUAAGCUUCGUGAAGUCACUGUGGCGACUUCUCCUAUCAGUGAAAUUAGGACUGGCUAUAUUAAAAGACAAAAAGUUACCAGAAAGCCGCGACCCCUCGUAAAUAUCCCAAAUAUACGUAGUCGAGAUGAUUGGGUGCAUCGUCAAAAAGAUCCAAAGCUUCAACAAAAAGUUCUGCUACGAAAAAAACUUCCAGCAUGGGAAAUGAAAGAUAUUAUCGUCCAUAGUAUCUCCUCGCUACAAGUCACGAUUAUUUCGGGGGAGACAGGUUCUGGAAAAUCAACCCAAUGUGCUCAGUUUAUUCUCGAUGAAAUGUAUCAAAGAUGCUUGGGAGAGUGUACAAAAAUCAUCUGCACACAGCCCAGAAGAAUCUCCGCGCUAGGCUUAGCAGACCGGGUCAGUGAAGAGAGAUGUUCGACAACUGGACAAGAAGUAGGCUAUAUAAUUAAAGGAGAAUCUAAGAUAAGCCCAAAUACAAAAAUCACUUUUGUUACUACGGGUGUUCUCCUGAGAAGAUUACAGACUUCAGGUGGCAGCAAGGAUGACAUAGUUUCCAGUCUAGCUGACGUUAGUCAUGUUUUCAUUGAUGAGGUUCACGAACGGAGUUUAGAUACAGAUUUUCUGCUCGUUCUCUUAAGGGAGGUUAUGAAGAAACGAGCAGAUCUGAAACUGAUAUUGAUGAGUGCUACGCUCGACGCUGGGAUCUUUGAAGAUUAUUUUAAGGAUACCUGUACAGUUGGCAGAGUUGAAAUUAGUGGAAGGACAUACCCAGUUGAAGAUUUCUACCUGGAUGAUGUAAUCCAAAUGACCGGCUUUGGAAUGAGAAGAGAAGAUGAAAAUAGAAAGCGAGAGAUAAUUAAGACAGAUGCCAGAGAGACCGAAAUCUCUAAUGCAAUCAGAUUGGUUGGUAUGCGCAUCAACUACGAUCUAAUCGCUCAGCUGGUCGAGAGUGUUGAUGGUGAAUUAUCACGUGUCAAAAAAGAUGGUGGCAUCUUGAUUUUUAUGCCAGGUGUAGCUGAGAUCAACCGUACCUUGGACCAUCUUCGUCAGAUUCCCAACCUCUAUGUAUUACCACUCCAUGCGUCCCUUCAAUCCGCUGAUCAGCGAAGAGUUUUUUCACGAGCUCCCACCGGUAAAAGGAAGAUCGUCAUUGCCACAAAUGUCGCCGAAACUUCUAUCACUAUAGACGAUAUUAUCGCUGUUAUCGAUACAGGACGCGUUAGAGAGACAAGUUAUGAUGCGCAGAAUCAGAUUCAAAAGCUAGAAGAAGUAUGGGCGUCACGAGCGGCGUGUAAGCAAAGGCGUGGUCGUGCUGGUCGUGUUCAGGCGGGCAAAUGUUACAAGAUGUUCACCCGAAGUUUAGAGGCCAACGAAAUGGCAGAACGACCAGCGCCAGAAAUUACUCGAGUUCCACUUGAGCAGCUCUGUCUCUCGGUACGUGCAAUGGGCGUAAGGAAUGUCAGCGACUUCCUUGCCAGUGCAUUAACGCCACCAGAAAGUUUAGCAGUUCAUAGUGCCAUGGAGUUUCUUUGCAGGAUGGGAGCUCUUGAUGGAGACGAACUUACUGCUUUGGGACAGUAUCUAAGCAUGAUUCCAGCUGAUUUGCGAUGCGCUAAGCUAAUGGUAUACGGGGCAAUUUUUGGGUGUUUAGAAGCUUGCAUCACGAUUGCAGCUAUUCUUACCAUGAAGUCGCCAUUCGUUUCACCCCAAGAUAAGAGGGAGGAAUCAAAAGCCACCCGAGCUCGAUUUGCACAGAACCAUGGUGAUCUAAUUGGUGAUCUCCGAGCAUAUGAGCAGUGGAGCGAGAUUACCAAUGAUGGAACUAUACGAUAUGGUCAAAUCAAAAGUUGGUGCUCGGAAAAUUAUCUCUGCCAUCAGACAUUAAAUGACAUUUCAUCUAAUCGGAUGCAGUAUCGCUCGUCACUUUGUGAGCUCUCGUUUAUUACCUCGUCAGCCUCUGCUACAACAAGUCUUCGGAAGAAUAAUAACAAUAAUGCUUUAAUUCGGUCUCUCUGUGCCGGUGCUUUUAAUCCACAGAUAGCCCGAAUCCAAUUCCCUGAUCAGAAGUUUGCGCCUUCAAUGUCUGGUGCCGUGAAACUAGACCCCGAGGCCAAGACUAUCAAGUAUUUUAAUCAAGAAAAUGGUCGCGUGUUUGUUCAUCCCAGUUCAACUCUCUUCAGCGCCCAAAAAUUUCCAGGAAACAGUAUUUACUUAUCUUAUUUCAAUAAGAUGGCAACGAGCAAGGUGUUUAUCCGUGAUCUCACACCUUUUAACGCCUAUACGGCUCUUUUAUUUUCUGGGCCCAUUGUUCUCGAUACUCUUGGUCGUGGCCUUAUCAUAGAUGGCUGGCUACGCAUGCGGGGCUGGGCGAGGAUUGGUGUUUUAGUAAGUAAGUUGCGUGGUAUGCUUGAUGAAUUACUAGCCCAAAAAAUUGACGAACCUGAACUUGAUCUCGUUGGAAAUGAAAUCGUGGAGACUGUACUUAAAUUGGUUGAAUUUGAUGGUAUGGACCAGUAA